AUGGUUUCGCGGCUAGACGCUGCUAGCCCGGCAGCUACAGCUACGACGACUGCCCCUGCAGCCAAACAAAGCAGUGCCGUUACACCAGAUAACAUUCUAACCGGAAAACAAGAGCAUUACCUCAAGCGAGAACUUUUAAACGCCCAAGUCCGCCGUGAAAUUAUCGAGCUCGCCCACCCCACUGCCCUUCAACGCUUCGGUGCACCCUUCAAGUCUGAAUUCGGAGAAGUCGCUCCUGUGGACUCAGAACUUCCCAUAUUACGAUUUAUUUUCGUCAACCAUGUUCGAAAUUUCCCAUUCCUCGACCAAGCCCGCGAAAAGGAGUUCUGGCAGGACCGUCUACAAGUGUUCCUCGAGUCAUUUGCAAGCAAGAAUAUAUCCUCCUCUGAAGACCGAUUGGAAGAAACCAAACGGCGAAAACUGGCUAAAAAAUGCGAGAAACUAGUCGAACUCAUGAUGGUGUCGGGCAUUCCCACUGCUUCGGGCUACGAGGAACGUAUAAGGUUUGCGGAGAUGGAGAUUAUAGACCGAGGAGCCGACGAAAAGGGCCUUCUUGUGAACAUGCCAGACGGUCAGAAUAUCAAUAACUGGGACGUGAAUGUAGCUGCAGUCAGGACGACAUCGGUGAAACGCACUGUUCGUUAUCACCAACACGCGGAGUUUAUUCUUCGUGUUCGUAAAGCUGGCCAGCCGGACAUCUAUGUUGGCAGACGAUACGGCGAUUUUGUGAAAUUGCAUAAACGGAUACGAACUGAGCUUCCCGGGAAGAUGCUACCACCUUUGCCAAGGAAAAAUAAGAAAUCUAGCAGUGUUUCAUUUUGGGGCGGCUCGGGCGAUGACGAUGCUUCUUCUAUAUCUUCCUUGUCAACUUCAGGUGGCACUAUCGUCGUCGAUGACGACCGCGCUGCUGCGUCAAGGUCAAACUUGACAUUAGCCAUUCCCGAGCGUCGUCGUUCAAACUCGCGAUCAUCUGCUUUGUCCGUGAGAUCGGUAUCCCCUCGUGCAUCGGGCGAUUUCCGCCGGGGCACUUUUCUCUACCGAGAAGAGCAGCGAGUGUCAUUGAGGGCAUUUUUACGAACUAUCCUGCAGAACAAGAGAGUGGCCGAGUCGAAAGCUAUGGAAGACUUUUUGACAGCACGGCCUAUAACACUGAACGAGGAAGAGUUGUUUGAUAUCAAACGAAGAAAAUGCGCGGAUGCCGCUCGUAUUGAGGAACAGGAGAAAUUCUAUGAGAUUGCUCGACAACGUGCCGCCGAGUUGGAUGUAUAUAUGGAAAAGUUUCGUCAAGGUAUUGUUGAGCAGAACGGCCUCACGAAGCUCUUUGCUGAGAUCAAAGAAAAGAAUACCAUUCAAGAGCUUAGUCCUGAAUAUCAAAAGUUUGCCGAAUGGCUCCGAAUUGAGGUUGCCGCUACGAUAUAUCAUAUCUUUUUAGCAGAGGAUAACUCACCAGAAUUGUUUGCACAAGCCAAGAGGAUACAUUCGUUAAUACCUUAUACCAUUCUAAAGAACGUCAUCCGUAUAGCCAACCCUGCCGCUGUGAUGUCUGGUGUUCUUGACUUGUUCCUUGCUCAACCAUUUGGGUCACGCUCAUUGCUGCAGCGGAUAUUCUCAAUGACUUUGACCGACGGUAUUAAGCAAUUUCAGAAACCAAUCGACACGUUGGUUGCAAAAGUUGAGGAUCCAGUGAUUUGUGAGAAGUUGAAAGCAUUUGUCGAUUCAGAUGAACCUCUCAAGACCGUCAUUCGUGAUGAAGCACAAGCCGAAGAUGUUGAUAUUGUGGUUGCGAUUCUCAGGUCUGAGCUGUUGACCCCGGAGAUGAAGCCUUCUCAGAUUGAAAAGAUUUUCAACGCUUAUGUGGCCUGGAAUGCAGCCGUGGAGAACGUUUAUGAGGACCUGAAGCAUGGAGCUGAAUGGUUCGCCUACUUGAAACAAUUACUCAAGUUGUACACUCGACAGCGCGACAAGGCCAUGAUGUUGAGUAUGAUAGAAGAGCCUACUACUUUGAGACUGUUCCGAGACUUGUUUACAAUAUUCUAUGAGCCAUUGGUCCGCGUCUACAAGUCUGCCAAUGUCUAUAACAGCAUUACGGAUUUUGCCAAAUUCGCGGAAGAUGCUAUUGGAGUGAUUGAAAAGGCUCAGCGACAAGAUGUUUCUGCAGAUCCUAAUCAGACGGUACAGGCAUUUAUUGAUCUUUGUGCCCGUCACGAACACAACUUUUACAAAUUUGUCCAUGAAGUUCAUUUACACGACAAUGGCCUAUUUGGAUCUCUUAUGGCCUGGAUAGAGAAUAUCCUAGAUUUCCUACGCAAAGGCCCACGUAGUGGAUUGAAAUUGGACAUGAAUGCAUUGUUCCAAGGAGCAGUGGACACUAAGCAGAUUGACAAGGAAGAAACUAUCCGAGAGAUAGACAGUUUAGUCAAAUGGCAAGAAGACCGGAAGAAGUGGCAUCACGACAAGACCAGACAAAAAAUGGCUGCAGAGGGCACUGGUGAGAUGACUGGAAGUGCGACCUUCCGCACCAGCGAUUUUGGGCUCGACGAGGACGAUCUAGACGAUCUAGCCAUUACAAACGAGGAGUCAGAUGAAGAUGAUGAAAAUUCGGAAGACGAUGAUCUUGAUCCUAUUAUGGCGGAGCGUAAGCGACGUGCUAAGAAGCAAGAUCACCUGCGACGAUCCGCUGGCGAGCCAGUCAAGCCGGAUGUCAAGGAGGUGUACAAACUGCAAGAGUCGUUUGGGAUGAUGUUGAGGGAAGUCCUGGCCUAUUGA